AUGGACGAGACGAGCCCACUAGUGUCCCCCGAGCGGGCCCAACCCCCGGACUACACCUUCCCGUCCGGCCCGGGCGCUCACUUUCCGCAGGUCCCAGGGGGCGCGAUCCGAGUGGCGUCGGCGGCGGCGACCGGCCCUGUCCCUUCUCCGCCGGGCUCGCCAGGCCACGACCGGGAGCGGCAGCCACUGCUGGAUCGGGCCCGGGGUGCCGCGGCCCAGGUUCAGAUCCAGACGGUGGCGGCUCACGCCCAGGCCCUGGCCGUGGCCGCUGUUCACGCCGCGCAGGCCCACCGGGAGCGGAACGAGUUCCCGGAGGACCCGGAGUUCGAGGCGGUGGUGCGGAACGCCGAAGUGGCCAUCGAGCGCGGCAUCUUCCCCGAGCGCAUCUACCAAGGCUCCAGCGGAAGCUACUUCGUCAAGGACCCUCAGGGGAAGAUCAUUGCUGUUUUCAAACCCAAGAAUGAAGAGCCCUAUGGGCACCUUAAUCCUAAGUGGACCAAGUGGCUGCAGAAGCUCUGCUGUCCCUGCUGCUUUGGCCGUGAUUGCCUUGUCCUCAACCAGGGCUAUCUUUCAGAGGCAGGGGCCAGCCUGGUGGACCAAAAACUGGAACUCAACAUUGUACCCCGUACAAAGGUAGUACACAUCGCCAGUGAGACCUUCAACUAUAGUGCCAUUGACCGAGUGAAGUCCAGGGGCAAGCGGCUUGCGCUAGAGAAAGUGCCAAAAGUUGGGCAACGGUUUAACCGCAUCGGGCUACCACUAAAGGUUGGUUCAUUCCAGCUCUUUGUUGAAGGCUAUAAAGAUGCAGACUACUGGCUACGGCGUUUUGAAGCAGAACCUCUCCCUGAGAACACUAACCGGCAACUAUUGCUGCAGUUUGAACGAUUGGUGGUGCUGGAUUACAUCAUCCGCAACACUGAUCGUGGCAACGACAACUGGCUGAUUAAAUAUGAUUGUCCAAUGGAUAGUUCUAGCACUCGGGACACAGACUGGGUGGUGGUGAAGGAGCCUGUUAUCAAGGUGGCUGCCAUUGACAAUGGGCUGGCUUUCCCCCUGAAGCAUCCUGACUCCUGGAGGGCAUAUCCUUUUUACUGGGCCUGGUUGCCCCAAGCAAAAGUUCCAUUCUCUCAGGAGAUCAAAGAUCUGAUUCUUCCAAAGAUAUCGGACCCUAACUUUAUCAAGGACUUGGAGGAGGACCUAUAUGAACUCUUCAAGAAAGAUCCUGGUUUCGACAGGGGCCAGUUCCAUAAGCAGAUUGCUGUCAUGCGGGGACAGAUCCUAAAUCUGACUCAGGCCUUGAAAGACAACAAGAGUCCCCUGCACUUGGUCCAGAUGCCACCUGUGAUUGUUGAGACAGCUCGUUCCCACCAGCGGUCUUCUUGCGAGUCCUAUACACAGAGCUUUCAGAGUCGGAAGCCCUUCUUUUCGUGGUGGUAG